AUGGUCAAAAAGGACAUCGGUGGAUGGAAAAUGUGUGUGGACUUCACCGACUUCAAUAAGGCCUGCCCCAAAGAUUGCUACCCCCUGCCGAGAAUAGACGCCCUCGUCGACUCGGCAAUGGGACACGUGAUCCUCUGCUUCCUGGAUGCCUUCAAAGGGUAUCAUCAGAUAGGAAUGAGUGAAGAGAAUCAAGAGAAAACGGCGUUCUACACGGACCAAUGUAUCGACCGCAAUGUGGAGGCCUAUGUGGACGACAUCCUCGUCAAAAGUCUCACCACUUCAUCCUUUCUGUCAGACGUGAGGGAGGUCUUCGGUGUCCUACGGGACUUAAGGAUGAAGCUAAAUUCCAAAAAGUGCGUCUUCGGAGUCACCUCGAAAAAAUUCUUGGGGUAUCUGGUUUCCCACCGGGGAAUCGAGGCCAACCCCGACAAGGUCAAAGCCAUUCAGGACAUGUCCCCACCUCGGAACAUCCGAGAAGUCCAAAAGCUGAAUGGACGCCUGGCCGCGUUGAAUCGCUUCUUGCCCCAAUCUGUUGAGAAAGCUCUGCCCUUCUUUAAGGUGCUAAAAAAGGCUGAUCAGUUUACCUGGACUGAGGAGUCCGACGAGGCUGUUAGCGCUGUUCUUAUCCGGGAUGAGUGCACUCAAGUGCCAGUCUACUACGUCAGCCGAGCUCUCCCCGGGCCAGAGACUCGAUACACUCAGGUGGAAAAACUGGUGUUGGAACUAAUCCAUGCAGCUCGGCGACUGAAACCCUACUUCCUUACUCAUCCCAUCUUCGUCAGGACCGACCAGCCCAUUCGGCAGAUAUUGGUGCGACCCGAGCCUUCCGGUCGCCUCACCAAGUGGGCUGUCGAAUUGGCAGAGUAUGACUUGUCAUAUGAGCCCCGCACAGCCAUAAAAGCACAACCUUUAGCCGACUUCCUUGCCGAACUCACCUUCACAGAAGGUCCAGAGUCCACCUCCGCCUUUGUCGAGGUGUCCACCCCAUCCCUGUGGACAUUGUAUGUAGAUGGAUCCUCUAAUGGAGAGGGCAGCGGAGCUGGAUUCUCCCAGGGAGAAGUGUGCACGUACGCCCUCCGUUUUGGCUUCCCAGCCACCAAUAAUGAAGUCGAGUACGAGGCCUUAAUUGCUGGACUCCAGCUGGCCCGCAAGCUUGGCGCCCAGCGAAUCCACGUCCACAGUGACUCCCAACUCGUUGUACGCCAAGUUCUUGGUGAAUACGAGGCCAAGGAUGAGACCAUGCAACGGUACCUCUCCAAAGUUCACCAACUCACCGCGUACUUCGAGUCUUUCGAAAUCCAAAGAAUACCCCGGUCCCAAAAUAAGCGAGCCGACGCCUUAUCCCGACUGGCUUCUACGUCAUUCUCUGACCUCAACAAAACAGUUUUAGUGGAAGUCCUGAGUGAACCGGGAUACGUGGAAGAGGUGGCCUGUCCCGUGCACUCUGAAGACACUUGGAUGACCCCGUUCAUCCUUUUCUUGGGUCAGGGAACCCUCCCCGAAGACCGAGCCGAGGCGAGAAGGAUACAACGUAAGGCGGCUCGGUACGCUCUCCGCGAUGGAGAGCUGUACAAACGCUCCUAUUUCGGCCCAUGGCUGAGGUGUGUCACUCCCGAAACAGGACGCCACGUCCUCCACGAGAUCCACGAAGGUCUGUGUGGAGGUCACGUCGGCCACAGAAUGCUAGCCAAGAAGGUUUUGCUUCUUGGAUUUUUCUGGCCCUUUGUUCGGCAAGACGCCCAGGACCUCGUUCUCGACUGUCCUUCCUGCCAAGUCUACGCACCCGAGCACCACCAGCCCUCAAAUUUCAUGGUCAUCAUCUCGGACAACGGGAGGCAGUUUGCCGAGAACCCCUUCAAAACUUGGUGCAAAAACCUCGGCAUCAAACAACAUUUCACUUCGGUGGGCCACCCCCAGGCCAACGGUCAAGCAGAAAACUUCAACCGAACUCUCUUGCAUGGUCUCAAGACCCGACUACACCGAGUUGGAACAUCUUGGGUCGAAGAACUCCCCAGUGUCCUGUGGUCUUAUCGGACCACGCCGAGGUCAGCCACGCAAGAGACCCCCUUCUCUUUGACCUACGGAGCCGAGGCUGUCAUCCCUGCCGAGAUCCUUAUCCCCAACCCUCGGCUCGCAGCCUAUGCAGCCGAGGUGAACAACGAAGAGAGACAGCUGGAUCUCGACCUCGUCGAUGAGCAAAGGGACCUCGCCUCAGCUCGGAUAGCCUCCUACAAGAGUACUUUGGCCCACUAUUACAAUGCCCGCGUCAGACACCGUAGAUUCCAGUCAGGGAACUUGGUUCUCAGAAAAAACUCAGUCAGCCGAGCUGAACCGCAAGGGAAAUUGUACCCGAAAUGGGAAGGCCCUUACCGAGUUGUGGAAUCUAACCUUAAGGGAUAUUGUAAACUGAGCUACCGGGAUGGCUCAUUAGUGCCGAGGUCUUGGCACGCCGAGAACCUUAAGUUGUAUUAUGCUUGA